CGGCACCUAUAGGACCCAUACUCCACCCCCAGCCCUGAGCGGCGGAAGUGUGUGUAGGGGGCAGUAUAGGAAUUUCCUGUGACGUCCCGGUCCGGACUCCAUUAGGCUGCAAUUGGUCUGAGAGGAGACAAACCCAGCGGGCAGCGAGAGGAGCAGGCCGGGCGCCUGGGGCUGCCGGGUGGGGGCUCAGGGCAGCGGCGGCCGCCAUCGCCAGAGGGAGCCCCGAGUGGGCGGCGGCGCUGCCUCCGGGACCCCCGGGGGGAACAGGGUCCUGCUCCGCCUCCCCUCAUCUCCGCCGUCCUCCGCCUCCCCCUCCUCGCCCCCCCGGCUUCCCACCACGGCCGCUCUCGGCGAGGAAACUCUGGCCUCCGCUUCCUCCUCCUCCGACUCGGACACCGGCGGAGCCUCCCCGCCCCCGCGGAAAAAAGCCCGGGCCUCCCCGGCGGCGGCGGUGGAGGGAGCAGGAGAGCCCGGGGCUUCCGCGGGCAGAGCAGGCCUCACCUCGUCCCAGUCCCCCUCGCUCCCCGCCGGGGUCGCCCCCGCCGCCGCCCCGCUCAGAGGCAGCAGCAGCGGCGUCGGCAGCGCUAUGCAGGCCAACGGGGCAGGAGGGGGCCAGCAGCAGCAGCAGCCGCCGCAAGGGCCUGCAGGCUCGGAGCUGGGCUGCCUGGGUGCCCAGAACGGCGAGGCCUCGGCGGGCACGGCCGCCGGUGACCAGCUGGCCCACGCCAACGGGCUGCUGCCCUCGGCCAACAACGGCGGCAGCAGCUCCGGUGGCCUCGGUGUCAAUAACGGGGUGCCUGCCGCCGGGGUCCCCGGCCCGGCCGCCGCGGAGCUGGGAGGCAGCAGCGGCAGCGGCGGCAGCGCCCUGAAGAAGAAGAAACGGCUAUCGCAGUCCGACGAGGACGUGAUCCGGCUGAUCGGGCAGCACCUCCACGGACUGGGCCUUAACCAGACUGUUGAUCUUCUCAUGCAAGAGUCAGGAUGUCGUUUAGAACAUCCUUCUGCUACCAAAUUCCGCAAUCAUGUCAUGGAAGGAGAAUGGGAUAAGGCAGAGAACGACCUGAAUGAACUUAAGGCCUUAGUGCAUUCUCCGCAUGCAAUUGUGAGGAUGAAGUUUUUGCUGCUGCAGCAGAAGUACCUGGAAUACCUGGAGGAUGGCAAGGUCCUGGAGGCACUUCAAGUUCUACGCUGUGAACUGACUCCUCUGAAAUAUAAUACAGAACGUAUUCAUGUCCUCAGUGGGUAUCUGAUGUGUAGCCACGCAGAAGACUUGCGUGCAAAAGCAGAGUGGGAAGGGAAAGGAACAGCUUCCAGAUCGAAACUUUUGGACAAACUCCAGACAUACCUACCCCCAUCAGUGAUGCUUCCUCCAAGGCGUUUACAGAACCUGCUACGUCAGGCUGUGGAGCUACAACGGGACCGGUGCCUAUAUCAUAAUACCAAACUAGACAGUAACCUAGAUUCCGUCUCACUGCUAAUAGAUCAUGUUUGUAGUAGGAAACAGUUCCCAUGCUAUACACAGCAGAUACUGACAGAGCACUGCAAUGAAGUGUGGUUCUGUAAAUUCUCCAAUGAUGGCACUAAAUUAGCAACAGGAUCUAAGGACACAACUGUUAUUAUAUGGCAGGUUGAUCCGGAUACUCACCAGCUAAAACUACUUAAGACGUUAGAAGGUCAUGCAUACGGUGUAUCCUAUAUUGCUUGGAGUCCAGAUGACAACUAUCUUGUUGCCUGCGGACCAGAUGAUUGUUCUGAGCUUUGGCUCUGGAAUGUACAAACUGGGGAGCUGAGGACAAAGAUGAGCCAGUCUCAUGAAGACAGUCUAACAAGUGUGGCCUGGAAUCCUGAUGGGAAGCGUUUUGUCACAGGAGGUCAGCGUGGACAGUUCUAUCAGUGUGACUUAGAUGGCAAUCUCCUUGAUUCCUGGGAAGGGGUCAGAGUACAAUGCCUUUGGUGCUUGAGUGACGGGAAAACUGUUCUAGCAUCGGACACACACCAACGAAUUCGGGGUUAUAACUUUGAGGAUCUUACAGACAGAAACAUAGUACAAGAAGAUCACCCUAUUAUGUCGUUUACUAUUUCAAAAAAUGGUCGUUUAGCUUUGUUAAAUGUAGCAACUCAGGGAGUUCACUUAUGGGACUUACAAGAUAGAGUUUUAGUGAGAAAGUACCAAGGUGUUACACAAGGAUUUUACACAAUCCAUUCAUGUUUCGGAGGUCAUAAUGAGGAUUUCAUCUCCAGUGGCAGUGAAGAUCACAAAGUAUAUAUUUGGCACAAGCGCAGUGAGCUGCCGAUUGCGGAGCUGACAGGGCACACGCGCACUGUUAAUUGUGUGAGCUGGAACCCACAGAUUCCAUCCAUGAUGGCCAGCGCCUCUGAUGAUGGCACUGUUAGAAUAUGGGGACCAGCACCUUUCGUAGACAACCAGGAUAUUGAAGAGGAAUGCAGUAGCAUGGAUAGUUGAUGGCGAAUUUGGAGCAGACGACUUCAGUUUAACUUAAUUAGUCGUAUUUUAAAUGGCUUGGGAUCUGGUGCAAGAAAACAUGAUUGAUAGCUGGACAGAUGUGCUCGUCAUGAAAAAGAACCAUUUCUGAAGCCCAUUUGGGGCCAAACAUUUACCACCUUGCUUCAUAGUAACCAGUCAAGAUGAAGCACUUCGUUAGAACGUUGUUGGACACCUGUUGAAAUUAACCCCCCCCCCAUCGGUUGUGAAGAACUGUGCUCCAUUCAGGCUAACCAUUGAACUCAGUAUAUAUAUUUUUCCCUCCUGCCUUUUUGUCUGGCAGGCUACUGUUCUUGUUGAUCUUCUGUGUAAUGAAGUUUAAAUGCUUGUUUGGAACACUUUAUUUAACAGUUUAGAAGGCUUGAUAGAGUGCUUUAGUCUGAAGAGUAUACAUUGGAUAGGAAAGUAUUUCAUUCUCUUGUUUCUCAAGUCUCUCUCCGCCUUACUUAGCUUGAGAUCUUUGCAGCUUGGUUCAUGGAUUCUAGCCUUGCCUGUUGUGCAGUAUAUAUAAAUUGAGAUGAUAAACCAAUGAACUAUGUCAAAAGCACUCUCAGUAUCACAUUUGACAAAAAGUUUUGUACUUUUCACAUAGCUCGUUGCCCUGCAAAGGGGUUAACAGCACAAUUUUUUUAAAAAUAAAUUAUUUAUAGGAUUAAAAUGACUUCAUUUGUAUACAUUUGAAAUUAAAACAUUACAAGAAGUGUCAUGAAACACAGCAUUGCUGAUGCUUUUCUGGAGUGUCUUGAGACCCAAUCAAAAGCAGCGGCUGGAAGGACCUUUAUGUAGGCAGUGAAGAAUGGUUUUAGAAGAAGGAACUUGCUGUAAAUGUUAACAGACUAAGUGUAUUAUUUGGAGGAGGGAAAAAAAAGACUUUCACAGUGUACCACCAGAUUAAGAAUUUAAGGAAGAUGUGGUCAUUUUUAUCUUUUAAUUACAUAAAUCUGUGCAGCAAUGCUGGUAAAAGGUAGAAUACACCCUGAGGGAAGAAUGUGUUAAAAAAGUCCUUUCUUCACAAAGCCAACAUUUUAUAAAAGUAAUUAACAUACAAAUCAUAAUUAAACUUGUAUUAUGAUGGAAAUUUUUAUUUACUUGAUAAACAAAGGUGUAUAAAUUUUAUUUUUGAAGAAUGCAUUUAAGUUUGCAGAUUUAAAUGCCUUUCCCAGACCUUGUUGCAAGCUGGUGCUGUGAACAUCUUGAUUUAUAUCCCAUAAGAAAAGGGGACAUUUAUAAUUUAAAUAUUUAUUCUUUUUGACAUAAAUGGAUGGCCUGGCAUCUCUGCUUCUGCACUACACACAAAUUAAUUAUGGGAUGGCACUGGAUUCCCUUAUGUUGUCCUGUACAGAAAGGUAGUGUUGGUACUGCAGUGAAGUAAAGAAGGAGUAGGGAAAGGCAUGUUACCAAGAAUGAUGUGAACAGAAGUGUGGACUUCAUCCUUUAGUGAGUUAAUAAUCUAGUGUCCUUACUAGUCAUGUGUGGAAGAAGGGUGGGGGAAGGUUUGCUGGAGUUCCUGGGAAGAAAAGUGUAACCACUCUGAUGAAUGGGAAUGUGGUGUUAAACAUAGACAGUCCCUUUUCCUCUUCCCAAGAAAAAAAAGGUUAGCUGGUUAGAUUUUAUUUUUUUUCUUCCUAAGAUUCCAGCCAUCAGGUGGUGGAUUGUUCUCUUGCCUUAUGUGUAAAUUUAAACAUAAUUUAAGAUUCUGAUACUCUGGGUGAGACCAGCCCUGAAUCUGAUGUAUUUCUCUUUUAGUACCUCCAAAAUGAAGAAGGAACUUAAAUGUUCUCAUCUUUAAUCUAGUACAUUUGUCUUAAAAUUAAUGUGAAUUUCUUUUGAUAGCAGUGACUGUUCCACAGAACUGGGAAUACAUGUGUAAGGUUAAGACUAUAAAUCAAUUCCUUCUUUCAUCAGCUCAUUCAAGAGGAAGCUGUUUCUUUUCCAAGUUCAGACAAUGUAAGAUUAGUCAGUCUUAUUCCUUGUGGCAUCAGUGUUGCAAGGAAACAGACAACUUCCUAAGGUCAAAUUUGAGUAAGCUUUUGGUUUUAAAUAAAAUUUUAAUACCUAAAUUGUAAAGUGUUUUAUAUUUUCCAACGAAGGUGUAAUUCAUGAGAAAUGCCAUUUUGUCAAUCUUUGGAAGUUACCUAGGAUGGUCUUACUCUACAACUUAGGUUUUCAAACAAAACAGUAUUUGGGGAGAGCAAGGAGGCUAAUUCUGGUUUUGAUGUCACUUAACAAUCUCAUGCAAUGGUUACCUCAUACUCAUGGAACUUCAGGCAGGGGUUGAAGGCUGGCUCAAAUCUCAAGUUUCGUAUGCACUUCAGCAGGCAUUUUUUGUGUGGUGGCCAUAUCUAAAUAAAGUGAGACUCCUUCCUUGGUAUGGGGGUGUGUACAGACCGAUGUACAGACUUUACAUUGCAAUGCAUUGCAAUUAGAAAUGUAAACUUAGUACUUUUGACAAAAUACUGCUUCUCCCUUCUGGGGUCUCUCUUUUGGUUUGUACCUCUAAAAUAUACCAGGUAUUUAGAAGCAGAGUUAGGAAGAAGCCCAUGAUCUGCUAUCUCCACUUUAGUUUUGUGGUACAACUAUGCAAUGUGAAGGAAAGCUCCAUCUAGAUGGCACUAUUUUCAGUGGGUCUCAACCACGCGUGUUGUGUAGCCGUCUGCCUUGCAGGGGAGAAGCAGAGAGGAAAGUGAAGAGGCAUCUUUUGUUUUGCCACACUACUUGGUCCCCCAGUAAACUGGCAUAGAUCUAGCAAUAAUGACUACAAAUCUAACAUGUGGAUUAAAGAGGAACUUAGUGUAAUUCUAACGCAUCAUAUAUUUACAACGUGCAACUUAAAAAGUACCAAUACUUUUUGUACACAGACUACAGAAGGAGGCUAGGGUGUAGGGGGGGACAAUUCAAUCUGCUCAUUUGCAAUUUGUUAAUUUCCAUGUGCUUAAAAAUGUUCAUAGGCUGGAGUGUUAAGGCUAGAACAAGUACACACCUGCAAUAAAUAAAUGUAUUUCUAGUCAACAGACCUAUUGUUUUAGAGAGGAAAAUACUGUAAGCUUGUACUCCUUUUGUAAUUGUCUCUGGUCAGCUGUUGGCUUAAAAUAUUCACAGUAGCCCCAGGUUAUUCUCAAGGCACACCUUUAAAAAGUUACGUUGAACCAUUUUUUUACCUGAAUGUUAUUUAGCUGUUCAGGUAAUUUUCAAGACACAAUGGAGCACGAAAGGGAAAAUGCUAGAUCUGUCCUUGUUUUGGAAAUGGGGAUGGAAAAUGCACGUGUUUUAAAUUCCUUCUGUCUUUUCUGAAGUUCUCCAAAUUUAUUUUAUGAUAGGGCAAAGAUGCAAGGUAGAAGUCUAUCCAGAUCUUGCCAGUUGCUUCUCAACUUGGCUUCAAACAGGUAAUUCUAAUAAAACUCGGUAUGUUCUUGGGAAUUUGUGUCUAGUUGUAUACUUUUUACACUGCUAAGUGAUACUCCCAUCCAAAAUAUUGAAGGCUUCCUUGGCAAGAAACUAGGAGUGUACAAUUAGACGUAGUUUGAGUGGAAAUGUAGACCCACAUGGGGAGGGAAUGCAGAGAAAGAAGAAUGAACAUAAAAAACAGGAUUUACUGACCAAAUUACUGUAACUCCAAGGGGGAGGAUGAAAAAUGCACUUUCAAUAGUUUGUCCAUAUUUUUAGCCACAAUACAUGCUUGUAUCUUCAUUUUUAUUUUGUGACAACUAUUAAGAGAAACACCCAUCCCAUAAAUGGAUAAUAGUCCUUUUGACCUCCUCAUGUCUUUUCCACAUUGGCUUGACUCCAUUUUCAGCUGCCAUAUUUAAUUGUGAAAACUGCUACUUUUAAUGAUGUUUAGAAAGAAAAGAAUUUUUAAACAGGGUGGACUUAAUUGAAGUGUGCAGUGUUGAACUACUGCUGCAGUAGCUGCCUCUAGUUGUUAAAAUAAAUUGUAGACAAGUUUUCUGUCUAUUAAUCCAGAUAAUCUGGGUUCAGUAAAAUGUGAGAGUGUUCCUCCCAUCUGGUAUGAAUGUGUGUGUGCAUGUGUUCAUUAACAGACAGAACCAAAUGUUCUAGGUACUUGCCAUGUUUUAUUGCUUACUUUAAGUCAUGUGUAUGUGAAGUGUCCUUUGACUGGAAGGUUUUGGUUAAUAUCAGUAUAUUUUUAUAAAUUUGAAAUUCAUUGUGCCCCAUCUUUUUUUCAUAAGACAUUUUUCAUUGCUAGGGUAUAUGUGCUAGAUUUGAAUAUUAACAUUUUUAGACACAGAUGAAAAAAUUAUUGGCUUCUAGAAAAUUUAUGAGACAAAAUGGAUCCUCAGAGCAUGUAUGUACUUACAAACCAAGCUGUAGAGAUCAACAGAACUUUAUUGUUGAUCUCAAGAUUUCUAAAUUGUCAAGAUUUAUAUGGAGUUGUGGUGGAACUAGUUAACACUUAGAGCUUUUGGUAUGUAAUGACUAUUUGCUAUGGACUGAUAUUAAAUGUUUCAAAGGAUUGCGUUCUUAAAACUUUUUGUUAUUCUCGGAUUAUAUUAAGUAGUUAAAAAAUUUCUUUGCUAUGUUACAUUAAAUGCGUAAGAACUUUGGGUCUUGUAUUUAUUUUCACUUGUUUUACUAAUUAUUUACAGAACACUUAACUUUUUUUUUAUUUUAUAAAAGUGUAGUAUUUUAAACAUAUCUUUAAAAAAUUGUCCAAUUGGAACUACAUUAAUUUCUGAUUCAUUUUUAUUAGGAUUUUUAAAAAAAAAACCAAACACUUUUUCCAUGUUGGUGCACAGCACUUAACAGAAAUGUUUGUAUUCCCUUUCAAUUCAAUAAACAGAAUAAAUAACUGGA